CUUUGAUUAACUUCAGUCAAAAUAAUUAAUUUACUAAACCCUCCCAAAAUGUCAUAUUCCUUCUUCCAUUUCUUCCUAAUCUCUCUUUUCCUCUACAAAAAUUGCAUCGCGCAUCGCUACACAUUCACGGUUAGGGAUGUUCCAUAUACGAAACUGUGUAGCACGAAGACGAUUUUAACCGUUAAUAGUCAGUUUCCUGGACCGGUUAUAAAGGUUCACAAAGGAGACACUAUUUAUGUUAACGUUCGUAACCGAGCUAGUGAAAACAUCACAAUGCAUUGGCAUGGUGUAGAGCAGCCGAGAAACCCGUGGUCAGAUGGUCCUGAAUACAUUACACAAUGCCCGAUUCGACCCGGGUCAAAUUUUAUGUACAAAGUAAUAUUUUCCAUCGAAGACACGACUGUUUGGUGGCACGCGCAUAGCCUUUGGACACGUGCAACUGUACACGGUCUUAUUUUCGUAUAUCCUCGGCCCCCGGAAUCCCUCCCGUUCCCAAAGGCGGACCAUGAAGUCCCUUUAGUUUUGGGCGAGUGGUGGAAAAGGGAUGUGAGAGAGGUGUUGGAGGAGUUCAUAAGGACAGGAGGGGCUCCCAAUGUGUCCGAUGCUUUGACCAUAAAUGGGCAUCCUGGUUUCUUGUAUCCUUGCUCUAAAUCAGAUACAUUUCAUCUCACGGUAGAGAAGGGCAAAACCUACCGCAUUCGGAUGGUAAAUGCCGCGAUGAACCUAAUUCUCUUUUUCGCAAUCGCGAACCACAGCCUCACCGUGGUCGCGGCCGAUGGACACUACAUCAAACCUUUAAAGGCUACUUAUAUCACCAUAUCCCCUGGCGAAACGCUAGACAUGUUAUUACAAGCUGACCAAAACCCAAAACGCACUUAUUACAUGGCGGCCAGAGCUUACCAAACCGGCAAUAUCGAUUUCGACAACACCACUACCAUAGGAAUCUUAAGUUACUCUUCAUGCAAAGCCAAAACAUCUUCCUUUUCAGGAUAUUACCCAACUCUUCCUUUUUAUAAUGACACCUCAGCAGCUUUCGGGUUCUUUACCAAUAUCAAAAGCCUAUACUCCGGUCAAGUUCCUGUCCAAAUAUCGCGUAGGAUAAUCACGACGAUUUCAAUAAAUCUUCGCAUGUGUCCUCAAAACUCUUGUGAAGGUCCAAACGGGUCGAGAUUAGCAGCGAGUAUGAAUAACAUAUCGUUUGUCACACCAAGUCAUGUGGACAUACUAAAAGCUUAUUACUAUCACAUUAAAGGCGUUUAUGGAACGCGGUUUCCAGAGUUUCCACCGUUGUUUUUCAAUUUUACCGCAGAAAAUCAACCAUUGUUUUUGGAAACUCCGAGACUCGCGACUGAGGUAAAGGUGAUUGAGUUCGGGCAAGUGGUUGAGCUUGUUAUUCAAGGGACAAGUUUGGUUAAUGCACUCGAUCACCCUAUGCAUCUCCAUGGUUUUAGCUUCUUUGUGGUUGGAGUAGGGUUUGGGAACUUUAACAUAAGUGAAGGAGAACCAACGUCAUUGUAUAAUCUCGUGGAUCCACCUUACAAAAAUACAAUGACCGUGCCCAUUAAUGGUUGGAUCGCUAUCAGAUUUCAAGCUAAUAAUCCCGGGGUUUGGUUCAUGCACUGUCACUUGGAUAGACAUCAAACGUGGGGUAUGAAUGUUGUGUUCAUUGUUAAGAAUGGGAGAGAGCCAAAUCAGCAGAUUCUGCCUCCACCACAUGAUUUGCCGCCUUGUUAUGAAUAAUUGAAUGUUACCAGUUCUAAAAUUGGUGAUUCAACUGUCACCAAUUUGAGUAUAUUUAAAUUAUUAUCAUAUUGUAUUGUAUUGAUGUAUUUAACGUGAUUUACUAAAAUACAUUUUAGUUU